GCGGGCGCCGGACCCCCAGGCGGAGCGACAGGUCUCGGGCCCUUAGGCGGAACGACAGGUCUCAGGCCCCCAGGCGGGGCGGCGGGCACCGAGUCACCAGGCACAACCGUGGGCUCCGAGUCAACUGGGAUGACCGCUGGCACUGGGUCAGACAUUGGAUCGUCUGGCUGGACAGCGGGCAUCGGCGGGCACCGCGUCAUCUGGCAAGGCAGUGGGCUCCGAGUCAACAGGCACGACAGUGAGCACCGGGUCAUCAGGUACCGGAUUGUCUGGCUCGACAGCGGGCAUCGGGUCACCAGGCAUCAGGUCAUUUGGCUCGACAGCGGGCACCGGAUCAGGUACCGGAUCAUCUGGAUCAACAGCGGGCAUCGAGUCAACUGGCCUAAUAGGAUCGUCAGGCUGGAUCAGUUCAUCAUGCUGAGUAGAGGCAUCAGGCUGAGUAGAGGCUUCAGGCUGAGUAGAGGCUUCAGGCUGAACCACGGAAGGCAG